GAUCAGUGGCGCACUGAAAAUUCAUCCCAGUGUCCAGGGAAACGCGGAUCUGACUUGCUCGUAUUUAAUGAGGUACGGCAGUGCUGCGAAGCGCGGCGUCUGAGGCUUAAUUAAACAUGGCGGACUCUGAGGAAUAUAGAAUUAAACGUUUAAAGCACGAGGAGCGUCUGUCCAGAGUGUUCGAUGAAGUGAUGGGACUCGGGGACUUCGCCGAGUCGUCCCGAGGCUCCGCCACUUCAUCAAGGAGCGGAGGUCCUGAAGAUCCAAAAGGAGCAGAUGAGACGUCGGGACAAGGGGAGGAGCAACCGAUGGAGGAGGAGGACAGUGAUGGCAGUAAACAAGAGGAGAAGAUGGAAGAGGGGACGGGGGAGUCGUCCUCCCCCCCCAUCACCUCCUCCUCCUCGUUCGCCAUCAGAACGAACGACGGAGGAGGAAGUGGCAGCGCCGCGUUUGAUGAUGCGCUGGAUGGCCUUCCGGUGUCUGGGCCAGAGGAGGAUGAAGACGAAGACUGGCAUUUUGCCUUGCCCAUGGGUUCCCUGGAAGAUGUUGACGUGAAAAAGAAAAACAAGAAUAAACCAAAAACUGAAAAAGAUCAAACCUAUUCCAGUCCCCCGGAGCCUCCGGUGAGGGAGGACGAUGAAAGCACCGACUCGGCCAACACCUCACACUCCUCCAGACACCGCAGUCCAGACAACAGUCGAGGUGCUGGUGUCCCUAACCAGGACGAGGAGACAGAGGACAGUCAACAGAAGUCAGACACGCCUCCAGACGACCCUCGUCUGUCUCCAAAAAUAAAAGACGAGCCAGUGGACGAGGGCUACGACGCCGCCCUGCUGCCUCAGAGCAGCAUCAAACAGGUCAAAGAGGAGCUGGAACAUCAAGAGGAGGAGCUGAGGAUCAGUUCCGUGUACUCUGUAGGAGGAACCAACACCUUUGUGUCUCCGACCGCAGCAGCAGCAGCAGCAGCAGUGGUUCCAGCAGCAGCAGCAGCAUCAGCAGCAGCAGCAGCAUCAGUGCCUUCAGCCAUCGCAGCACGCCACUCCACCGCCAUCUUCAUCCCAGGCAGAGGAGCUGUGCUUCAAGCUAUGGCUCCCAUUCACGUCCGACCACCGGCUCCCAUCACCAGUUCUCUUCAGGCUCUCGUACCCGUGGCCUCACGUCCACCUGCGCCCCCUGUCCCUGGGAGUGUGCGCUGCAGUGGCUGCUCAAAGGUCCUGCUGAAAGCGAAAACCGCCUCCCCACGGAAAGCAGCAGUGGUCCCAGCAGCAGCAGCAGCAUCAGCAGCAGCAGCAGCAUCAGUGCCUUCAGCCAUCGCAGCACGCCACUCCACCGCCAUCUUCAUCCCAGGCAGAGGAGCUGUGCUUCAAGCUAUGGCUCCCAUUCACGUCCGACCACCGGCUCCCAUCACCAGUUCUCUUCAGGCUCUCGUACCCGUGGCCUCACGUCCACCUGCGCCCCCUGUCCCUGGGAGUGUGCGCUGCAGUGGCUGCUCAAAGGUCCUUCUUAAAGGUCAAACCGCCUUCCAAAGGAAAGGUUCCACGCAGCUGUUCUGCUCCACCGUCUGUUUGACGGGACAUCUGCCCCCUGCCAGCAGGGCCAGGAGUUGUUUCCAGUGCAACAAGGACAUCCUUCAGCCCAGGGACAUGGUCAUCAUUCCAGGUGAAGGCCCCAACUCCUUUCUGAACUUCUGUGGUCAGUUCUGUCUGUCAGUUUUCCGACACAAGAAGAAAACCAAUGAGAAGAUUGUUGACAAAUGGGCUGAGCAGAAAGUGGAGAAGAAACCUGAGAAGCAGCCGGAGAAGAGUGCAGACAAGUCGGUCUGUAGUGUCUGUAGAACCACAGGGAAGAUUGAACACGAGGUCACCCUCCAAGGUCGUCUCCACAGACUGUGCAGCGACACCUGUUUCUUGUCCUGGCGUAAGAUCCGUCAGUUGGCCAUGAACAGCUGUGAGGGCUGCGGUCUGUACGUCAGCAGCAGCUCCAGCUCCUGCCACAGCCUCACCAUCGACCAGUGUCAGCUCAACUUCUGUGGCCCCACCUGUAUCAACUCCUACAAACAGACCUGCAAGAAGUCCAUAGACUGCGCCUGCUGCCACAAGCCCACCCCGGUGUCCUCCACCAUCCUGGAACGAGAUCACAGGGGCAAAUGUCGUUCUUCUUCAGGUACUUCAUUUCCAUGUACUCUGUGCAAAGUCCUAGCUGUUCCUCAGUAUCAUCUGGCCAUGGUUGACGGCACCAUCCGGAAUUUCUGCUCCUACGACUGUGUCUCCGUGUUCAGGAAAUCUGGGAACAUCUCUCAGACAGACCUGACCAAUGGAACCUCCUCCCCCAGGGACCCCCCCCUCUCUCAGGACCAGGCUCCUGCAGCCCCUUACUCAAGCUACCAUCCCAGUCAUACCUCAGUCCCCCCACUGGUGCCUGCCCCGACCCCCCCCUCCGUGAGCAGGGCGGCUGCAGACGUCUCCAGACUGACCUGCCAUCACUGCAGCAAACGCUUCAGCUCCAAACCACUGCUGUUCUCUCAUCAGGGCCGGAUCUCUGUGUUCUGCAGCGUUUGCUGCUGUGAAGAUUUCAAAACCCAGAAGAAAGUCCUGGCUCUGUGUGAGUUCUGUAAAGAAGAGAAGGUUCCCUGUGAGGUUCUCUACUACAACCAGGACGACGUGGCUCUGUGCUCCCAGAAGUGUUUACAACUCUUCAAGGAGAACGUGACGGCUCAAGACAAGGACCAAUCGUGGCGUCCGUGCUCCUACUGUUCUGGGAUCAGUCAGAAGACGCUGCUCAGUCACUACGGGGGGAAAGUGGAGGAGUUCUGUCGCCCACACUGCAUGUCCCAGUACACCAUCCUCUACUACGGGAUGGCGCGCUGUGACAGCUGCAGGAAACAGGGCUACAUGACGGAGAAGCUUCAGUGUUUGGGUUCUGUCCGUAACUUCUGUAACCUGGCCUGCCUCCUCCAGUACUGCCACUAUCACUUCGAGCCCAAACCCACCGAGCCACAGACACAGUCACAGACACCACAGGCUCCGCCGCAGCAGCACCAAUCAGAUGUGAACCCUGUCAUAGCUGGUGUCGUCUCAUUGGCCAAUGGCUCCGCCUCUCAGCCCAGCGUGUCAGCAGACGCUGAUCUGACUGGUGCAGUUCCAACGUCCACCACUGACACCAAGAACCUUGACCAUGCCAGUACUCAGACGGACGCCAUGCGCGUGCCCGUGCCCCGACGACGUCAAAUGAAGAACAAGUCGGUUCUGUGUCGACCGUUCACUCUGGACCAGGAGACCAUGUGUGAGCUGCCGUCACGACCACAGGCUCCACCGGACGCCACCGCACAACCGUCCACUGAAGAGUCCACGUCGCCCAAACCGCCGCGAGACCCACGGCCGUGUAACGGACUUCCUGCCCGUCUGAGUGGACGUCAUUUCCUGGGCGUGAGAGAGAGCGACUCGGACUGCAGGGUGUGUUCACAACCCAGGAGGAAAAAGAUAGACGAGGGGGAGGAGGGGGAGGUGGAGGAGGGGGAGGAGCAGCCCAGGAAGAAACUCAAAGACUGUGAAGAGAGGAGCAGCGCCACCAGUGGACAGACUUUGUAUUACUGUAAGACUUGUCCAGGAGAACCCAGCCUCUGUCCUGUGCCCUGCUUUGAGUUCUACCACACCAGGCUGAUCUACAAAAGUGCCCUGGAGCUGGAGUCGGCCGGGGAACCGAACCCUCGGAGCCACAGUCCGGUCCAGAGCUGAGGAGGCGUCGACGACCGCUGGCUCCUCAGUGACCUGGGCCUGGACCGGUUCUAGGUCUGACCCCGGUCCACACCUACUCCACAUACUUUUCUGUUUUAAUCCCAGAUUCAUCAGAGAAUAUUUGUAAACGCAGCAGAUGGGAUGAGAACCGACAACCUGCCGUGGUUCCACCGUCUGUGACAUCACGCUGCGUGUUCAAAUGAAACCUCCGUCGAAGUGAAGAUAACCAGGACGUUGGUCCGUUUUUAUCCUCUGUCUCUCCAUGACCUUUGACCUCACUCCCUCGCUUAAAUAGUAUCGACAAAAAAAAUGCCAAGAACCUCAUACUGUACUGAAAACUGAAAACUUGACAGAACAGGACUGAGUAGUUAGGCUGGAGGGGGGAGAGGGGGGGUGGUCUCUGCUUCACCCCCCCACAGCGGUAACGACAUCGUUGACCCGGUGAUUCAACAGUUUGAACUGUGAUUGUGCUCAGGCUCUCUCACCCAUUUACUGGAGGAAACAGCGCACCACAGUGGACAGAUUUGGUAUGACACUAAAACGACAGCCUAAAGACUCGGUGUUAAAACAGUUGUUCUCUCACCAACAGUGUUAAUUAUUAUUAUUAUUAAUAUAAAGACCUUUUGUUGAGCAGUCGCUUUAAAGUCACUGAGGGUUUUUUGUUUUUUUUGGGGUUUUUUUUCCACAGAGACUUAAAUGUGAAUCUGCUCUUUUCAUUAAACAGAAUUCCAGGAAGGAUCCAGUGCUGGUUCCAUAGUUACCAGUGGAUGACUGUGUAAACUAGUACAGGUGUGUGUGUGUGUGUGUGUGUUCAGAUGUUACUGUAAAAAAAGAAUGUAAUUUAAAUACACACAGGUUCAAUUAAAUGUUCGUUACACGCUGUAUUAAAUAUAUAUAUAUAAAUAUAUAUAUAUAUAUUAUAAACCACUUUUUUAUUCAAGUUUCUCAGACACACGUCGUUUGAUUGAUUUCUACGUUGUCAACACCUGAAAUAUGGUUUGUUGUUAAAUGACAAAAAUGAUAUUUCAAUAAAUACUUUUUGA